CGGGAAAAAGGUUCUUUUCGUAUGUUUUUUAGUUUACGCGACUCCACCGCGGCACAAGAUGGCGGUGUGGUGCGUUCACGGCGUUUCAACGAGACAAAGAAGCAGCGCCGCCGUUGUCGGUAUUUAGACGUCAAGUCAUGUGAUUUUUGAUCAACUGCCCGGAAACAUGAAUCGAACAAAACCUCCAACUUUGAGACGCCCUAGUUCUGCUAAAGCAUCAGGUCAUCCUCCACCUGGAGACUUCAUCGCCCUUGGUUCUAAGAACCAGGCUGCAGAGCCCAAAGCCCCCCCUGCUCUUCUGAAGCCAGCAGCCACAAGUUUACCUGCUGACCGCAAGAGAGAGGCCACCGCCGCUCUGCCCUCCUCGUCGGGUCUGUCCAAACGGUCCAAACUGUCCAGCACCCCUCCUGUCAGUGCUCUGGGACGCCUGGCUGAUGCUGCAGCAGUCGACAAGCGGGCGAUAUCGCCCUCAAUAAAGGAGCCGUCAGUGGUGCCUAUUGAAGUGUCUCCAGCUGCUCUGCUGGAUGAGAUCGAAGCUGCAGAGUCGGAGGGGAACGAUGAUCGCGUCGAGGGCUUGCUGUGUGGAGCAGUGAAACAGCUGAAGAUGAACAGAGCCAAACCCGAUGCCACGCUGUACCUCAGCCUCAUGUUUCUAGCCAAAAUCAAGCCUAACGUCUUUGCAACUGAAGGGAUUAUUGAGGCUUUGUGCAGCCUCCUGCGUCGGGACGCUUCUAUCAACUUUAAAGCAAAAGGCAACAGCCUGGUGUCGGUUUUGACUUGCAAUCUGCUCAUGGCAGCCUACGAAGAGGAUGAGAACUGGCCAGAGAUCUUUGUCAAAGUGUACAUUGAGGACUCACUGGGUGAACGGAUCUGGGUCGACAGCUCUCACUGCAAGAAUUUUGUUGACAACAUCCAGACAGCGUUUGGCACAAAGAUGCCACCGAAGAGCAUGUUGCUGCAAGCUGACACUGGCCGCACUGCUGGAGAUCUCAGUGCAGGUAACAGCCCUCAUCCCUCAAUCCCAGAUGAAGACGACUGUCAGGCUGAACUGCUGAUAGCUGAAGAGAAGCUAAGUCCGGAGGAUGAAGGGCAGGUUAUGCCAAGGUAUGAGGAGCUGGCAGAGAGUGUGGAGGACUACGUGCUUGAUGUCCUCAGGGAUCAGUUGAACCGGAGACAGCCCAUGGACAACGUGUCUCGUAACCUGCUUCGUCUGCUCACGGCCACGUGCGGCUACAAAGAGGCGCGCUACUUGGCCGUGCAGCGGCUGGAGAUGUGGCUCCAGAACCCCAAGCUGACUCGACCAGCUCAGGACCUCCUCAUGUCGUUGUGCAUGAACUGCAACACGCACGGAGCCGAAGACAUGGAGGUGAUUUCCAGCCUCAUCAAGAUCCGACUGAAGCCUAAAGUCCUUCUCAACCACUACAUGCUGUGUGUCAGGGAGCUGCUCAACGCGCACAGAGACAACCUGGGCACCAUGGUGAAGCUGGUGAUCUUUAACGAGCUGUCCAAUGCCCGGAACCCCAACAACAUGCAGGUCCUGCACACGGUGCUGCAGCACAGCCCCGAACAAGCUCCCAAGUUCUUGGCCAUGGUGUUUCAGGACUUGCUAACGAAUAAAGACGAUUACCUCCGAGCGUCUCGAGCUCUGCUGAGAGAGAUCAUCAAGCAGACCAAACAUGAGAUCAACUUCCAGUCGUUUUGUUUUGGCCUCAUGCAAGAGAGAAAGGAGACGAGUUACGUGGAAAUGGAGUUUAAAGAGCGCUUUGUGAUCCAGGUGACAGAUUUGCUCACCGUCUCCAUGAUGUUAGGCAUCACAGCACAAGUUAAAGAAGCUGGCAUCGCAUGGGACAAAGGAGAGAAGAAGAACCUGGAGGUCCUGAGGUCGUUUCAGAAUCAGAUUGCUGCCAUCCAGAGAGACGCUGUGUGGUGGCUUCACACCGUGGUUUCUACAAUCAGCAAAAUCAGUGCAAAAGAUUACAUUCACUGCCUUCACAAAGUGCUUUUCACCGAGCAGCCUGAGACUUAUUACAAGUGGGACAACUGGCCUCCAGAAAGCGACAGAAAUUUCUUCCUUCGCCUUUGUUCUGAAGUGCCUCUGCUUGAAGACACGCUGAUGCGCAUUCUGGUCAUCGGGCUGUCUCGUGACCUGCCUGUGGGCCCGGCAGACGCCAUGGAGCUCGCAGACCACCUGGUGAAAAGAGCCGCUGCCGUUCAGUCUGACGAUUUGGAGGUCCUGAAAGUGGAGAGGAUCCAACUCCUUGAUGCUGUGCUCAAUCUGUGUACAUACCACCACCCAGAGAACAUUCAGCUGCCAGCAGGAUACCAACCACCAAAUUUGGCGAUAUCCACGCUUUACUGGAAGGCAUGGCUCUUGUUGCUGGUGGUGGCUGCCUUUAAUCCUCAGAAAAUAGGCUUGGCUGCGUGGGAUGGCUAUCCUACUCUAAAAAUGCUCAUGGAGAUGGUUAUGACAAAUAACUACACAUUCCCUCCGUGUACCAUCACUGAUGAGGACACAAAGACAGAGAUGAUCAACAGGGAGCUUCAGAUCUCCCAAAGAGAGAAGCAGGAGAUUUUGGCUUUUGAGAGUCAUUUGGCUGCAGCUUCUACCAAACAGACCAUCACCGAGAGCAACAGCCUGCUGCUGUCUCAGCUCACCAGCCUGGAUCCACAGGGUCCACCUCGACGACCUCCUCCUCAGGUUCAGGAGCAGGUCAAAAGUCUCAACCAGUCCCUGCGCCUCGGUCACCUCCUCUGUCGCAGCCGCAACCCCGACUUCCUUCUCAACAUCAUCCAGAGACAGGCUUCUUCUCAGUCCAUGCCCUGGUUGGCUGACUUGGUUCAGUCCAGUGAGGGGUCCCUGGAUGUGCUGCCGGUGCAGUGCCUGUGCGAGUUCCUUCUGCACGAUGCUGCGGACGACAGCUUGCUUGUAGACGAUGAGGACGACGGAGGGAGCAAAGAGCAGAAGGCCAAGAGGAGACAAAGACAGCAAAAGCAAAGGCAGCUACUCGGACGGCUCCAGGAUCUUCUGUUGGGUCCUACAGCUGACGAACAGACAACGUGUGAAGUUCUGGAUUACUUCCUGCGUCGCCUCAGCUCCUCCCAAGUGGCAUCAAGAGUUCUAGCUAUGAAGGGUUUGUCACUGGUACUCAGUGAAGGAGGCUUGAAGGAUGGGGAGGAGCGAGACCAGCCCAUGGAGGAGGACUCUGCAGAUGCAGAACUCUUGCCAGGCUACCAGUGGUUGCUGCAAGACCUCCCAAAGCUUCCCUUGUUUGAUAGCGUCAGGGGGAUGACGUCCACGGCUCUGCAGCAGGCCAUUCACAUGGAAACAGACCCACAGACCAUCAGCGCCUACCUCAUCUACCUUUCCCAGCAUGCACCAGUGGAAGAGCAGGCUGCUCAUAAUGAUCUUGUACUGGACAUCGCCCGGCUGAUUGUGGAGCGUUCCACAAUCAUGAACAGUUUGUUCUCGAAACACUCGAGCAGGCCCGAGUGUGACGCUGUGCUCUCUGCUUUUCUCACCAUCUUCUCCACCUACAUCAAGAGGAUGAGGAAGACGAAGGAGGGCGAGGAUCUGUACAGCUGGUCAGAAUCACAGGACCAGGUGUUUCUGCGCUGGACCACAGGAGAAACUGCUACGAUGCACAUUCUCGUGGUUCAUGCCAUGGUCAUCUUGCUGACGCUGGGACCACCCAAAGGAGAGAGUGAUUUUCACGCUCUCUUGAACAUCUGGUUUCCUGAAAAGAAACCUCUGCCCACUGCCUUUCUGGUCGACACCUCAGAGGAGGCCCUCCUGCUGCCCGACUGGCUGAAGCUGCGAAUGAUUCGAUCAGAGGUCUCUCGAUUAGUGGAUGCAGCUUUACAAGACCUGGAGCCUCAGCAGCUGCUGCUCUUUGUUCAGUCUUUUGGUAUUCCUGUCUCCAGCAUGAGUAAACUCCUGCAGUACCUGGAUCAGGCAGUCUCUCAUGAUCCAGAGUCCCUGGAGCAAAACAUCAUGGAUAAACACUACAUGGCUCACUUGGUGGAGGUGCAGCACGAGCGAGGUGCCACUGGGGGGCACACGUUCCACACUUUACUCAGCUCGUCUCUUCCUCCUCGCAGAGAUUCACUGGAAACUACUAAAGCCAAGGUUACAGUGGAACCCCCCCAUGGCUCUGUGAGGAUGAGAACAGCCACUCAGCUUCCUGCAGUGGGACCUGAGGAUGAUCUGACUGGCAUGCUGCUUCAGAUUUUCCCCUCUAAAGUGGACCCUCGCUGGCCCGGACCUCCACCCAGUCAGCUGGCCCUGGCCCUGCAGCAGGCCAUGGCUAAAGAAGUGAUGCGAGCCAAGCAAGGCCCGAUUCAGCAGGGGGGUCUGGCCUUUCACCUGCUGCAGGCCAUCACCGCCCUGCUCACAUCUUCCCAUGCAGGGCCUGUUGUCAUGGCAAUGCACCGCAGCCACGCACUCUCCUGUCCUCUGAUGCGUCAACUUCACCUCUACCAGCGUCUUGUGUCCCAGGAUGUGGCUUUUGCCUCCCUGUUCGUCAAAGUCGUUGUUGAGAUGUUAACGUGGUUAGACAGCCCAGCUGUGGAUGUAUCUCCGCUGAAGACUCUGCUCAAGUCCUUUGCUGGUCAGAGUACUCUUAAGCACAGGCACAGUGACGUGCGUACAGGUUUCAUCCACCUGGCUGAGGCUUUGGCGUAUCGCUCAGACACCGAGGUGCCGCUAAGAGCCGUGAUAAGGAUGCUUAAAGCUAGAGAGAGGUGCAAUGCUGAAGCUGAGCUCACUGGCAAAGUGUUACAAGGCUUGAUGGAGGUCAAGUCACCAUAUCUGGAGGAGCUGCUGUCUCUUUUGAUGACUGUCAGUACCCAGACUGGGACCGCUGGUCCUGCUGCCAUGGUCUUAUCCCUGCUCCUUCAGGAGCGUGACGAGCGAGCAGUGAAGAAGGAAGCAGAUGUGAAGAGCUCGGAGGUCACAAGGUCUGGUCUGAGCUCUGGUCUGUUGGUGGACUGGCUGGAGCACCUGGACCCUGAGGUUACGUCACUUUGCUCAGAGCUUCAGCAGAAGCUGCUCUUUUCCCUCAACAAGGCUCGGGGCCCCCCGGCCUACAGACCCUAUCUUCUGGCUUUGCUCACACAUCAGUCCAACUGGUCCACCCUGCUGCAGUGCAUCAGCGCUCUUCUCAGCAAGCACCGAGAAUACAAACUCGAUCCAUCGUCAGCUCUGGACUUCCUCUGGGCGUGCAGCCACAUUCCUCGUAUCUGGCAAGGACGUGACCAGAAGAUCCUCCAGAAGAAAACAGAGAAAUUUGUUCUACGGUUGAGCUCAGAGGAACUCGUGAGCCUGGUGGACCUGAUCUUGUCCGAGUCGGAGCUCAACUCCUCACACGAUGAUAAAAGUGGCCUGGACCAGGCUUCCUGCUCUCUCAUCCAGUCCAGACUGCCCCUCCUGCACUCGUACUGCGAUGGAGCUCUGCACAACAUCCACAAAGUGUCUGUUUACCUCAUCAGCUGCACAAAGAAGUGGGACGACAGUGCCAUGAAUAAACGGUGCCAGAACCUGCUGCUGCAAAUUUAUCUGCACUUUCCAGAGGUCAUCCAGCACGUCACCCUGCCUGCAGGCACUUUCAGCAGUGGAGGGGCUGCAGAUGGCAGCAGCUGCAAGCUGGACGUCCUCGUCCAUCGUCUGGUCACAUUGCUCGCUGAUGUCGGAGACUCGAAAUCUGCUGAGGGACGUGCUUCUGACGCCAACCUUGCCUGUAGGAAGCUGGCUGUGUCGCACCCCGUCCUUUUACUCAGACACCUGCCCAUGAUUGCAGGGCUCCUUCACGGCCGCAUCCACCUCAACAUGCAAGAGUUUCGGCAGCAAAACCACAUGACGUUCUUCAGCAACGUGCUCGCCAUCUUGGAGCUGCUGCAGCCGCUUGUUUUCCACAGCAACCACCAGAGGGCGCUGCAAGACUGCCUCCUGUCCUUCAUGAAAGUCCUGCAGAACUUUCAGAGGAGUCGUUCUCCGCUGGUCUUCAUGAACAAGUUCCUGCAGUUUACACAAAACUACAUAACGCACGACGCAGCAGCAGCCGUUCCUUUUCUACAGAAACAUUCAGACGUUUUACAGAGAUUGUGUGCAGAAAAUCCCGACCUGGUUCAGUUGAAGUCUCUGCUUGCUGGACUCACUUUGCCAGUGAGCAGCUCUUGUGCAGAGGUCACAGCAGAAGAGAGGGAUGACGAUGUGUCGACUGCGUCUCUGCCUCUGGUCAACAUAUCUGCCUCGUUUUCUCUGAGUGCUGCAGAUUUGACCACGUACUCCAAGAAGAUGUCUAAAGGAGAGGCCGUGGAGGAUAUGUUGGAAGUGUUGACAGAAGUGGAUGAGAAGUCGAGGAGGAGCCCAGAAAUCAUCCAGCACUUCACUAACGACCUGCAGAGACUCAUGACUUCGUCGGAGGAGCUGAGUCGGAACAUGGCCUUCGUUUUGGCUCUGCGCUGCAUCCAGAAUAAUCCCAGCCUGGCGACACACUUCCUGCCAACGUUCAUGUACUGUAUGGGCAGUGGGAACUUUGAUGUGGUGCAGACUGCGCUCAGAAAUCUUCCAGAAUAUGUUCUUCUUUGUCAAGAACAUGCAGACAUCUUACUCCACAAAGCGUUUCUGGUCGGGAUCUACGGACAAAUGGACACCAGUUCAGUGAUCUCAGAGUCCAUGAAGGUCCUUCACAUGGAAGCAACAACUUGAAGACGCGUCUCCUUCACUGUCCUCACUUCCUGCAUUCCUCACGUGGCCACAUGUCCUGUUCAAUCUUUACACGUAAACAGCUACAGCAAUAAAUGAUUUCCACUGGAGUUUUAUCUCAACAGGUUCAUUCAUCCGGGGAAACAUCUAACAUAGAGAUUCAUACGUUCAUAGUUAUGUGUGACAGUUUUGUAAUUUCAUUCAGAAUGAGAAGUUUUCUUAGUGUUUCUAUUCAAAACUAAACCGGGCGGCACGGUGGAUCAGUUGGUAGAGCCGUCGCCUCUAAGCGAGAAG